CCGCACGGCGGCGGGGCCCGCGAGCAGCCGACGCCUUCCCCUCUGCUGCGCCUUCCACCUGGCUGCUGCCAGCCCCCGCACCACGAGGGCAGCAAGAAAGACCCUCCGAGAAAGCGGUCGCAUUUCUGUGCCGCCGAGAAGCAGCCCGCGGGGAACUUCGCUUUGGCUUCUCUGAAGAGCCUGGCUGGCUCCGUCCAUUCUCCGCUCUGGUCCCAGCCUCUCCCCCGUUCUUUGUAUUGUUCUGGCAGCGGUGCGGCAAGCGGGUGGCUUCUCUGGGGUUAAGGACCUGUGGAGGCAUUACACCACGCUCGUGUAAGGAGCUUCUGCCGCCGGCUGAGCAGGCACUGUGCCAAGGACUAGGGUGACAGAGGUGGACGGGUCAGCCUUGGCUCUCUGUCCCAGGGAGACAGCCUUUAUACAGGAAGAUGCUCUAAAUUGCUGCCUGCCAGCUCCCCUUCCCCAGAUACCAGAUACCUUCCUGGCCAGGUGGAGCAGAGAACAGUCACUCAGCUGGUCAUGGAUGGCUGUCCCAUGAGGUCAAAACCAGGUCUCCUUCUUUCUCACACUGUACCAAUGCCUGAUCUUAUGGGGUUUGUUCUGAGCCCAACACUAUGGCAUCAUCGACCUCCCUCCCAGCUCCUCGCUCCCGGUCCAGGAAGCCUCUGAGCAAGAUGAGUGACUGGCUCAGGCAGGCCCUGUCCAGGAAGCCCGAGAGGACGUCGGACUCCGCUGAAAGCUCACCCGGUGCCUUAUCGUGGCCCGCCUCCUCGCAGGACGGGCCCCCAGCUGUGGGGGUCAGGUCUCCGGGCUCACCAUCGCCCCCCAGCACGUCGCCAGCUGUGGGGGUCAGCUCGGUCAGGUCUCCGGGCGCGCCGUCGCCCCCCAGCACGUCGCCGACCCCCACCGACGGCAGCAGCGGCCGCUGGGGCAGGGACUACGACGUGUGCGUGUGCCACAGCGAGGAGGACCUGGGGGCCGCCCAGGCGCUAGUGUCCCACCUGGAGGGCGGCGCGGCCGGCCUGCGCUGCUUCCUGCAGCUCCGGGACGCGGCCCCCGGCGGCGCCAUCGCGUCCGAGCUGUGCCAGGCACUGAGCCGGAGCCACUGCCGCGUGCUGCUCAUCACCCCCGGCUUCCUGCGCGACCCGUGGUGCAGGUACCAGAUGCUGCAGGCCCUGGCCGAGGCCCCGGGGGCGGAGGGCCGCACCAUCCCCCUGCUGUCCGGCCUGGCCAGGUCCGCCUACCCUCCUGAGCUGCGAUUCAUGUACUACGUGGACGGCAGGGGCCCCGACGGCGGCUUUCACCAAGUCCAGCAAGCCGUCCUGCGGUGUAAGCUGUACUGUAAGGCGCGGUGGGCGGGAGAAGAGGAAGGGAGUUCCAUAGCUUGUGUGCCGUCUGUUUUGCUUUUAGGGGACACGCAGACCGUGGGCAAGACAGGCAGCACCUGUGUCCUAGCUCCUUCACCUACAGCGAGUGAGAAGUCACUUGGGCAAACUGCUUAACCCCCGUGUGCUUGAGUUUCCUCAUUGCCCAUCAGGCUUCCAUAACUAUAAAAUGAGAAUAGUAUAUAUACUAAACGCUUAGAACAUUUCCUGGCCUAUGUUAAGUAUUCAUACUAGGCAGGGCCUGGCACACAUGAAGUUCUCAGUGGAAAAUUAUUAGCUAGAAAUAGCAGUCAUUGAGAUCAGGUUGGAGACGUCCACUGAGAGCUGGGAGGAUGCUGGGGGACAUGGGUUUAGUCUGGGGAGGUGGUAUAACAUAAUAGGAAAAAACUGCAUAUAUAGGCACAUCUGGGGAGGGGCAUUAUAGAGUGUGUUUGGGAGGAAAGGUAACAACAUAAAAACCCAGAAGCAGCAGGGCCUGUUGGGGGGAACGGAUGCUGGGUUUGGGGAGGGUGACAGCCCUUUGAUUCUGUUUGUUCUCUUUCAGAUCUGAAGACACUCCCUUAACAAUUAUAUCAUCAUGACCCAGAAAGCUGGAGUAAAGCUUGAAAGAGAGCACACGCAGGGCCUCGGGUUCUAGCCAAUGUGCCGGGUGUAAGGAGCCAGUCUGCAGCACUUUCCCCGUGACCCUGGGAUCAAUUGCCCACCAGGCUCUAUUACUGUGAACUCCCCAGCAAGGCCAGGGGGAGGUCAGGGACUCCCCCAGAAGGCCAUAAAGAAGUUGGGAACUCCCCAGGAAGGCCAUGAAGAAGCUGGGGACUCCCCAGGAAAGCCAAGAGGAAGCCAGAAGUGGGACGUAGUAUUGAUACUGGGAUGGCCAGCAGUGUUUUGCCUCCUGCCUAACAGGAUAGGAAGACUGGAACACACAUUUUCUUCCCCUGUAAAUGGGCACUGGUAUAGAUAGGUGUCCCUUAGACCUAGGUGCUCACCUGAUUGGUGAACAAGCAGCCUAGACCACAGGCCUCAGCAUGGAUGGUUUUCCUGGUUGCCUGGGGAAGCCCCUGAACAGGUAUCAGGAGAAAGCAACAGAUAUCACGUUCUUCACACACUACGCUGUGCCCUUUCCCAGAGGCACCAAUCUGCUUCAAAAUGCUGUAUGAAAGAUGCAUUCAGCAUAGCAUGGCAUUUCAUUUAUUGCACAUGAAAGACACACCUAGAAGCCAUUCUGAAUAUAUAAGGAUGGUUAGGGAGCAGGUAGGAACCACUAUGCCUGGGACCUAAAGCCCAGAUGCUGUGACAUCUGGGGGCAUCACCAGGGUCUGGCCAGAGCAGUAUGCACCUUCAGACAACAGGAAUCAGCAUCUUUCUCUGGGCAGAUGACUGUGUUCCCCAUAGGACAGGCAGGGUCUCAUUCAUCUGUGCUCAAUAAGUUUACUGUUGAACUGAAGUGAAUUUCAUUAUUUUCCCCCAAGGUGUACUUGGUGCCUUUUCUCUCAGUUCCCCCAUGAUAUCCUUUUUCACUGAAAAAAAUUUUUUAAAAUUAUGAAUUAUUACAGACAAAAAGACUAAAGAAUACAUGUAAUACAAUGCAUACUCAUGUGCCUGCCCCCUAGCUUAAGAAGCAAAACCUUAUCCCUGUGGUAUUCCCUGAACUGCAGUUCCCUCACUUCCCCCCCAGAGGGACUACUCUUCUGAAUUUUGGACUUAACUGCUCUUAGCUUUUCUCCUGUAAGUUUUCUAUGAAUGUGUGUGUCCCUGCCAGCACAUUGUUCAGCUGUGCCUGGCCUUACACUUUACACAAAGGGCACUGUAACACUGCUCUGCAGACUCCUUUCUCUGUUCACCAUGUCUGUGAGAUUUGUCCAGGCUGAUGCCUGACACUCCGCUUAAUUUAUUUUCUAUUAUGUGAAUAUGCUACUGCUUAGCCACAUGUUCUUCUAGAAAUGGUUAUUUCUAGUUUUUUGCCAUUAAAAACAAUGUGCCUAUGAAACAUUUUUGUACUUUUCCAUGGGCAAGAUUUUCUAAGAUUUAGCCUAGAGGGAGAAUAGCUGAACAGUAAAGAAUAUACAUCUUCAGUUUCACUAGAAAAUGCCAAAGUUUCCUCCAAAUUAGUUAUGCCAAUUUCUUUUCCUACCAUUUGUGUUUGAGAAUUUCCACUUUUUUAUGUUCUUGUCAACACUUAGAAUUAUCAGAUUUUAAAAUGUCCACUAACCUAGUGGGUGACACUGAUCGUAAUGUCAUAUUUUUUCCCUUUCACCAUAUUAUGAAAAACUGUAGGUAUGUAUACAUGCACACACACAUAUAUAACUAAAAGGAAAAAAGUUGAUAAAUCCCUGGUAGAUCCAUCACCUAGCUUCAAGAAUUAUCAACUCAUAGCUAACUUUUAUCAAGAGUAACCCCACCUAUUCCCUCACUUCUACAUCAUUUUGAAGCAAAUCUCAGGCAUUCCUUUAGUUCUGUUUACGUAUGUAGCUCUAAAUUAUUAGACUUCCUAAAAAGUAUUAUAAUGUCAUUUUAAUUUUUAAUUUGGGACAGAGUCUCACUUUGUCACCCUUGGUAGAGUGCCAUGGUGUCAUAGCUCACAGCAACCUCAAACUGUUGGGCUCAAGCGAUCCUUCUUGCCUCAGCCUCCCGACGGCCAUGACAGGGUCUUACCCUUCCUCAAGCUGGUUUUGAACUCCUGAGCUCAUGCAAUCCACCCACCCUAGCUUCCCCAAGUGCUGAGAUUACAGGCAUGAACCACCUGCCCCAGCCUUAUUAUUAUUUUUUUUAAGACAGAGUCUCACUUAUUAACCCUCGGUAGAGUGCCAUGGUGUCACAGCUCACACCAACCUCCAAAUCCUUGGGCUUAGGCAAUUCUCUUGCCUCAGCCUCCCAUCCCAGCCUUAUGUUUAUUUGAGACAGAGUUUCACUGUGUUGCUCAAACUCCUGGGUUCAAGCCAUUCUCCAGCUUCCUCAGCAGCUAGGACUACAGGUACCUGCCACAAUGUCUGGCUAUUUUUUUUUUUUUUCUAUUUUUAGUAGAGAUGGAGUCUUGCUCUUUCUCACGCUGGUCUAUAACUCCUGAGCUCAAGGGAUUCUCAGCCUUGGCCUCCCAGAGUGCCAGGAUUAUAGGCGCAAAUCACUGUGCCCAGCUGACAAUUGUUAUCUUUUAAAAAAGUUUUUUUUUUUGGAGACAGCAUCUCAUUCUGUUGCCUGGGCUAGAGUGCAGUGGUACCAUCAUAGCUCACUGUAGCCUCAAACUCCUGGGCUCAAGCAAUCCUCCAGCCUCAGCCUCCCGAGUAGCUGGGACUAUAGGCACAAGCUCUCAUGCCUGGCUAAAAAUUUUUUUUUUUUUAUAGACAAGGUCUUGCUAUGUUGGUCAGGCUGCUCUUCAACUCUUGACCUCAAGCUGUUCCCCAACCUUGGCCUCCAGAAGUGUUAGGAUUACAGGUGUGAGCCACUGUGGCCAGUUUUUCAUUUUAAUAUAAAAUAUUUUAACUAUCACUUUGUAUCAGUGCUUUUUGUCUUACUCAGUAAGUCCUUUCCCUGCCCCUGUAUUUUCUUCUGGAAGUACUUCCUUUCAUUUUUAGGCCUUUAAUUAUCUGGGUUUUUUGUUUGGGCUUGGUUUUGUUCAUGAUUUCAUGUCAGAGACCCAGUAUUUUUUCCAUUUGAAUAAGCACCAUUCACUGACUAUCCUUUCCCCCUGGAUGAUGUCACUGCCGUUAUAUAUUGUCUUAUGUAGGGAACAAUUACUGGGUUCUUCAUUCUCCAUCUGUUUGUAUAUCCCUGUGUUGGUGCCACACUGGCUUACUUACUGUUUUUUUUUUUUUAAUUAUUGCUGGGUUUGAACCUGCCACCUUCUGCAUAUGGGGCCGGUGCCCUACUCCUUUGAGCCACAGGUGCCGCCCUACUUACUGUUUUUAAUACCCCUUGACAGCUUGUAGGUCAAUUCUUCCCACUCUUCUUUUUUUGGGGGUGGGGCAGACAAGAGUCUCACUCUGUUGCCCUAGUAGAGUGCCAUGAAACCAGCCAACCUCAAACUCCUGGGCUCAAGCAACCCUCCCACCUCAGCUUCCCAAGUAGCUGAGAUUGCAGGUACCCACAAAGCCUGGCUAAUUUUUCUAUUUUUCAUAGAGAUAGGGUCUUACUCUUGCUCAGGCUGUUCUCGAACUCCUGAGCUCAAGGGAUCCUCCCACCUAGGCCUCCCAGAAUGCUACAAUUGUUAAGUGUGAGUCACCACACCCAGCCUACAUUAGAUUUUCUAAUGUUAAGCCAGUUUACACUCCUGAUGUAAACUCAAAUUGAACAUGUUUACAGGAUUCAAUUCCUUAUAUUUUUAAAGGAUUUUUACAUCUAUGUCCAUUCUUUUUUUUUUUUUUGUAGAGACAGAGUCUCACUUUGUGGCCCUCAGUAGAGUGCCAUGGCAUCACACAGCUCACAGCAACCUCCAACUCCUGGGC